AUGGCCGCCACCCUCGAACCACAAGACCUUAAGCGCGAUGCAGAAUUCAAGCGGGCGCUGCAUGGCAAAACGGGCCAGGAUAGCAAUUCGUUUAUGAAUAUCAUACGCAAGAACAAGGAUGCUCAGAAGGUUGCCGUCGACGAAUAUUUCAAGCAUUGGGACAACAAAGCCGCCGUGGACGAGACCACCGGGACCCGCGAGGAAAGACGCAAGGAAUACGCUACCCUCACCAGGCAAUACUACAACCUUGCGACAGAUUUCUACGAGUAUGGCUGGGCACAGAGCUUCCACUUCUGCCGAUUUAGCAAGGGCGAGGCGUUCAAGCAGGCCUUAGCGCGACAUGAGCACUACCUUGCGCUAAAGAUGGGCAUACAGGAGGGCCAGCAUGUGCUCGACGUUGGCUGCGGAGUCGGUGGACCGGCAAGGGAGAUUGCAAAGUUCACUGGCUGCAAUGUCCUCGGUCUGAACAACAACGACUACCAGGUCGAGCGUGGUACUCUUUACGCACAAAAGGAGGGUCUUAGUGACCAAGUCGGCUUCAUAAAGGGGGACUUUAUGCAGAUGACCUUCCCGGACAACAGCUUCGAUGCUGUCUACGCUAUCGAGGCUACUGUGCACGCUCCUAGCUUGGAGGGCAUCUACAGCGAGAUCUUCCGAGUGCUAAAGCCAGGCGGCGUCUUUGGUGUCUACGAGUGGUUGAUGACCGAGAAUUAUAACAACGAUGACCUACGCCACCGUGCUAUCCGUCUUGGGAUCGAGCAAGGCAAUGGUAUUAGCAAUAUGGAGAAGAUCUCUGUUGCUCUCGAGGCGAUAAAGAAGGCAGGGUUCGACCUCGAGGUCAAUGAGGAUCUUGCCGAGCGUGACCAUAACAAUGAGCUUCCCUGGUACUGGCCCCUCAGCGGUAACCUCGGGUAUAUCCAGAGCAUUUGGGACUUGCCUACACUGAUUCGCAUGACGCAUAUUGGCCGUGGCCUGGCACACAAGUUCGUUGGGGCUCUCGAGAUGAUGGGUGUUGCCCCAAAGGGCUCGCAGAAGACUGCUGAUUCGCUCGCCGAGGGAGCAGACUGCCUUGUUGCUGGCGGGAAAGAGCAGCUGUUCACGCCUAUGUAUCUAAUGGUUGCCCGUAAGCCGAAUGCUUAA